AUGAAGAGUGACGAGGCUAAGGUUAUGUCAGUGUUACCUUGUGGUAACGCGGUGUGCGUCACUUGUUACGCAGAAACUACUGCUAAUUGCACAGUUAUCGGGGGACAAGCAGCAAGAUUACGAAUACCUUCAGGGCCAACUUGUGUCAACGGCUGGGAGAUGAAUUGUAAACUGGAGGACCAGAAUGCGCACCUCCGGGAGCAGAACGCCAAAUGCAACGUUCAGCUGGAGCUGCUACGGGGCCGCCUGGCGCACCUCUCCACCAUGCACCCCGACAAGGACCGGGAUACAGAGAGGUUAUGGAAAAGGAGGUCCCUAAGUCUGCCUAAGGACUCGUCGAGGGGGAGCUUUGAGGGUGACCGACCCGACAGCGACGAGUCUCUCGCCGACGGUCGUAACGAGGCCGACUACAUCCCGUCCCGACCUGCCACGCUCGGCCGAGACCGACGCUCAAAGUCUAGGUCACCUGCAGGACUGAGGAGAGCCAGCUCAAGUGACACCGAUGCCAACUAUGGCGAGAUUCGCUUUAAGUCUCGACACAAUGGAAUUCCAAGGACUGGUCUGGAGAGAAGAUAUGACAACGAAAAAGGGAUGAGAGACUCGUGGUAGACUCCGGUUCGGUAGACAUGGAGACUCGCCAAAGUUUGAGCCCCAAGAGUCCUUUAGAAGUGAUGCUCAAUAGCCUGACGCAGAGCACAGGUAGCUUACCCAGAAGUGGCUCCCGGGCUGGCAGUAGGGGAGACAGCCCGCGGAAACCUGUACCUCAGCCACGCACCAAGCACCUCAGAAGGAGGCGUGCCAACCUAUGUCACCAAGAGUGCUGACAGCCUUGAUCUGGAGCUGGAUGGUUAUGACAACACUGAGAGCACCGAUUCAAGUCAGUUGGCACGGUCUGGGGAUAGCCACCUGAGUGAUGAUGGUAGGAGAUCUCGAGCCAAGGAUGAAGCCCAUGACUACAGUGAGAUCUAUACGCCCAGCCGUGACCAUGCCCGCUGGCCGGGCCAGAGACCAAUGGAGAAAAGCCUCCCACACCUCCCCUGCACCGCUUUCCCUCAUGGGAGUCUAGAA